GUCAUGUCAACAGUCGGGUAAACCUGCUUCUCUCCGUCACGUGAUUAAAUCCAUAACCUCUCCGGUCUUUAUCUGUCCUCUUGGAAAGGAACGAUAGUACGAAACUGUGUGUUCGUGAUGGCAACUCCGGCAGAGAAAGCGAUGGCCUCUGGGUGGAACAUAGACCUGGUGAUGGUAGAUGGUGCAGUGGAGGCAGCGACACUCUUGGACAACAUGAAGACUAUGAGGACUCGUCACGUCCGUGAAGAUGACAUCUUCAUCUGUACAUUCCCAAAGUCAGGUACCCACUGGGUGUGGGAGAUAGUUAACAUGAUCGUGGCAGGGAAACCAACUUACGCUAAACAUUGGCAGAACGUUUCCUGGUUGGACUGUCGGACAGAACAGGAAAUAGAUGCACUUCCGUCUCCAAGGAUAAUCCACACUCAGCGUCGUCCUGGCCAGUUGCCAAAGGAUAUAUGGAAAUUCAAGAGCAAGGUGAUCUACGUAAAUAGAAAUCCCAAAGACGCUGCCGUGUCGACGUUUUCUCAGGCGAGCAAACAGGUGUGGAAAGACAAUCCAGCAGGGAAGUUUACCUUCACGGGGACAUGGGACGAAUUUGUCAUUCUGUAUCAAGACGGUUGUGCGCCUUUUGGGUCUAUUCUUGAACACGAGCGUCAGUGGAGAAAUGUAACAGAUAUUGAUGUCUGCCGCGUUCAGUUUGAGGAAUUGAAGCAGGACAGUGUUUCAAUAGUCAAGCGACUAGCAGAGUACCUUGAACGACCCCUGUCGGAGGAGACGUACCGUCAAAUUGCCGAGGCUUGUGGGUUUGAGAAUCUCAAGCAGGCCAGUGAAAAGAUUAAAGAUCAAACCUAUCACAAUAACUGGAAUCAAGGAUCAAGCGGGUAUUUUAGAAAAGGUCAGUCUGGAGAAUGGAAGAAAUGGUUCACUGUGGCACAGAGCGAGCGGUUUGAUAGAUUGUAUGAGGAAACGCUCAAUGAAAAGUUCCCAUAUUAAUAUAUCGGAACAAUCGAUCAUUGCCGUCUGAAAGGCGCGGUCAAGAUCAUAUCAAAUCAUUAAGUGAAAUAAAAUAUGUCAUUGGAAAAGAAAGGCGUAA